GAAAUGGUCUUGUAAAUGAUUAGUUGAAAUCUAUGCCCGGCUACGUGUAUGGCUUGAGGUGGGAAGUGGCGUUAACAGGUCCGAUUGAGGCAAUUGCGAGCCAAGCAGCUUCGCGGUCAGCGAUGGAGGGAGAGGGUAAUCACCACGUAAUUGAUAUCUGGAAAGUGGAUGAAGAGAGGUUGGCUUCGAUGCUGAAGAACAUUUCCCAGGACCCAAAAUUACUUAGCAAAACCGCGGGUAAGAAGUCUUGCUGCAUCUUCAGAGCCCCGACCAGCUUAGCCGACGUUAACGGAAAAGUCUACCAGCCCCGUAUCGCAUCCAUAGGUCCUUAUCACCUCGCCCAGCCUCGCUUGAAUAUGAUUCAGGAGCACAAGUGGCGCUAUCUGGGUUCUUUGCUCUCCAGAACCCACGUCCAAGGCUUAGGCCUGGAGGACUACUUGAAAGCCAUAGCCCCUGUGGAAUCUGAAGCCCGAGAUUGUUACUCCGAAUCCAUCCCCCUUAACUCUCACGACUUUAUUGAAAUGAUGGUUCUUGAUGGCUGUUUCAUCCUCGAAUUGUUCCGCAAAGUUGGGAGAUUGGUCCCCUUCGAACCCGAUGACCCCCUCGUCACCAUGUCCUGGAUACUCCCUUCUCUCUACAGGGAUUUUCUCAAGGUCGAGAAUCAGAUCCCUUAUUUCAUCCUGGAACGCUUGUACGAACUCUCAAAAUUGCCUCCAGAAGAUUCAACCCCAACACUGUCCUCUCUCGCCCUCCAAUUCUUCAACAAUUCAACGCAACGGCCGGACGAAGUCAUCGCCCGCUUCCCUCGUCUCAAGGGAAAACAUUUGCUGGAUUUGGUUCGGUGCAGCUUCAUACCCAACCCGGAUAGAGAAAAAAAGAGGGUCCCUACGCCGACCCACGUCAUCUACUGCGUCUCUAAACUUCGCAGCGCCGGGAUUAAAAUCACUCGCAGGGAGAGAGAUAGCUUCCUGGAUGUAACAUUCAGGCACGGCGUCAUAGAAAUGCCCACCAUCACAAUCGACGAUUUCAUGAGCUCUUUCUUGCUCAACUGCGAGGCCUUCGAGCAGUGCUACAACGGUUGCUCCAUGGACAUCACCACCUACGUCACCCUCUUGGAUUGCCUCAUAAACACUCACAGGGACGUUGAGUAUCUAUGCGAUCGGAACAUAAUAGAGAACCAUUUUGGCACGGAUGGGGAAGUCGCCCAUUUCAUCAACGGCGCAGGAAAAGAGGUGGCGUUUGAUAUAGAUAUGUGUUACUUGUCUCAAUUGUUCAAUGAUGUUCAUCGUUACUAUCGGAGCGGGUUGCACGUUCAGUGGGCGAGCUUCAAGUACACCUAUUUUGACACACCCUGGUCCUUUAUAUCCGCGCUGGCUGCAUUUGUCUUGCUGGUUCUCACGGUGGCUCAGACCUACUUCACCGCCGUUCAGACCUUUUCAUCAUGAAACCGAUCGUUCUUAGUCUAGUCACAGGCUUUAGUAGUAGGUCGCCGAAUACAAGUUAGGGAGUGAACGAUUUCAAUGUUAUAUGCUGCACCUGUAGACAGUUUUACCCCCCGAUGUAAGUUAGUUGAUUCCGUCAAAAUCGCGUCGUUCAUCGAUGGAUACCAUUUUGUUUAGAGGAAUAUUGUUAUAAAUUAUAAUCCUUCCAUCUCAAA